AUGAAGUGGUUGAUCAUCAUCGUCUCUGCGGCGAAUGCGCUCAGCUGUGUUUAUGCGAGCAAUUAUCUUAAGGGCACCAAAGACUCGACCGUGGGUUCAAUGGCGGAAUUGGAACCAGAAGGCCAAAUGUUUCGGGACGAUGACUCAGGCUUGACCGAAGUCUCUCGAAGCGUCUACCAAAAGUCCGCAUACUUAAGUGAUGCUGCAAAAGGUGGAUACUCGGGUUCGUUAUUCUCGACUGAAGCCUCUGGCAGCAAAUACACGGACAGCUCAUCGUCGACUGAGGCCUCUAGCGACAAAUACACAUCUUUGACCGCGGACUCUCUGAAACAUAAUACGCACUUUUCAUUUUCUGAAGACUAUGAGAGUGAUGAUACGGACGCCUCGUCCUGGAUUGAAACCUCUAGAAUUGACGGCACAGACUCUUUAACCUCGAGCAAGGUCUUUGGCAGUGACGAAAGGGACAUGUCUAGCAGCGACUACUGGGACGUCUCAUGCUCGUCCGAUGCCUCUGGGAGUGAUGAUGAUUGUUACACGAUUUGUUCUACCGACUUUAAACCCGUUUGCGGUUCUGACGGCGUGACGUAUACAAAUGCCUGUGCAUUUAGCAUUGCCCAAUGCAGAACAGCCACGCUAAGUCUGCUGGCGGUUGGUGAGUGCGCUGAAGGGUCCGAAGCAUUAUCUGACGAGUUAUCGAAGUCAGGCAGCACAACUGAAACCUGUCCUGACGCAUGCCCCGACAUAUACGACCCUGUGAGCGACGAGAGUGGGAAAACAUACACGAAUGAGUGUUAUUUGCGAAUGACCAAGUGUAAGGACACAAAUCACAAUCUGGGCAUAUUGGCAGAAUACAAAAGGCUCUAUGGUCAUUUGUUUGGGGUAUCGCUUGACGAUAGUGCAUCUAACAACGAAGAUAAUGCGGUUGAAAGCUCCACAACGUUCGACGGUAGCACUACAAAGUCAUUAAUCGAUUCUUCGGAUGCCUACAGCGGCACGGGUGGCUUGUACGAAGAAGGCUCUCAAAGUAGUAGUGACAGUACUUCAAUGACGACAUGCGCACCGUGUCCCGACCUAUAUUCGCCUGUGUGCGGCUCCGAUGGAAUUACUUAUCUAAGCUUGUGCAAACUUGAGUUUGCUAGCUGCAAGAAUCCCGAGCUUAAACUUGUUCAAAUCAGUGACGACUUUUGCGCCGAUACGUCAAUCGAGCAAGUCGCUCUCGAUGAAGCCUUUACGUCUUCAGGUAGCGCCACGUCAUGA